UCCGGCGCGUGCGCGACCAUGGCGCAGGGGCAGCGCAAGUUCCAGGCGCAGAAGCCGGCGAAGAGCAAGGCUGCGGCGGCGGCCUCCGAGCGGAACCGGGGCCCGAGGAAGGGCGGUCGUGUUAUUGCUCCUAAGAAGGCGCGCAUCGUGCAGCAGCGGAAGCUCAAGAAGGACCUGGAGGUCGGGAUCCGGAAGAAGAUCGAGCACGACGUGGUGAUGAAAGCCAGCAGCAGCCUGCCCAAGAAGCUGGCACUGCUGAAGGCGCCCGCCGGGAAGAAGGAGGCAGCCUCCGCCACCAGGACGCCUGCCUGAGGGCUCCAGCCCUGCGGGGCCGUCACCACAGCCCCCACGGCCCCGCUCAGACUGUGCAGGGGCCCCCGGGCCGCACUGAGGGGAGGAGUUGCCACGCUCCCAGAGCUUCCGGUUGUGCCUAGAGCUUCAGGUGGGGGCGCCUGGCCCGGUAGCAGACAAUCGGAUCAGCAGGUCCCUAGCGCUGGACGGCUUCUGGAGUGCCGGGGACUCAGCGGAGCCAGGAGGAGACGCUCAGCAGCUCCCUGGGUCCCCUCCCCUCCCUGGGUCCUGUCUCCACAGGUUUAAGCCUGAGCAAUAAACCUGACUUUGUGGUUCCUCCUG